CUUUAAACAACCAUUGGCUUAUUGAAUCAGAGGAAGUUGACUUUUCUUCCUCAGGAAACUUGCUUGAUUUGGGAAGCCCAUUUUGCUAUAGGGACUGAUCUGGAUGGUGUCUGUUCUAAAAGUACAGAACUAACCUGUACUGGUGCUGUGGUAUCAGAGGGGGUCCGGUUUUGGUCGGUCCGGAGGGGAUGGACACCUUUCUGACCUCAUUUGGACUGAUGCUCCUGUGUGUCCAAUGCUCAGCUCAGAGACUCUCUCCGACCGGGAAAAACGUCUGCUUCAGUGUCAGGGAUUAUUCUACUAUAUGUUGUUUAGGAUGGGGCCAGAACGGUGAAGAAUGCACUGUUGCCCUCUGUGAGGGAGAAAGGGCCUGCCUGCAGGAUGAAGUGUGUGUUUAUCCUGGACUUUGUCGAUGUAAACCUGGGUUUUACGGGUACAAGUGCAAAACACCUUGUCCUCCUGAAUUUUGGGGGCCGGAUUGUCGAGAGCUCUGUCCCUGUCACCCUCAUGGGCUCUGUGAUCCAGUCACUGGUGAGUGCUCAUGCCUACCCAACCGCUGGGGCAACCUGUGCCAAAACAGCUGCAAAUGUGGACACCAUGGAAAAUGUGACCCUGUCAAUGGCAACUGCACCUGUGAGGAAGGCUGGUGGAUGCCCACUUGCUCCAAACCCUGUCAGUGCCACCUUGCAACAUCCACUUGUGAUCAAGCCACGGGGCGCUGUCUGUGUGCCAAAGGCUACUGGGGCCAAAAGUGCAGACUGCAAUGCAACUGCUAUGUGUCCCCUUGCCAGCAGCGCACAGGGGCCUGUCAGUGCCUGCAUGGCUGGUGGGGCCCGUACUGUGAUCGCCGUUGCAUUUGUAAUUUUAGCCAUGCUGACUGUGACGUGCAAACUGGCACCUGUCUGUGCUACCCAGGUUACAAAGAGCCUUUUUGCAAUGAGCCUUGUGACAGUGGAAAGUAUGGUGAAGGUUGUAGGAGAAGCUGUGGACACUGUGAAGGAGGCCGGUCUUGCUCUAAACAGGACGGCCUGUGUGAUGCCUGUGCACCAGGGUGGAAUGGCACUCGCUGUGACCAGCCGUGUCCUGCAGGUUAUUAUGGCCAUCUCUGCCAAGAGGUUUGUCCGCGUUGCAGAAACAUGGACCCAUGUGACACAGAAACCGGAGCGUGCUUACACUGUGAUCCUGGUUGGACUGGACCAAGAUGUGACAAACCCUGCACUGAUGGUACAUAUGGAGAUGGCUGUCAUUUCCUGUGUAAAACCUGCCAUCACGGCCACUGUGACCCUGUGACAGGAAGUUGCAUUUGUCUUCCUGGCUUCCAGGGUGAGAGCUGUAACAGCACAUGUCCUCCUAACCUUUAUGGCAUCAACUGCUCCGCCACAUGUCACUGUGGGAAGAUUCAUGCCUGUCAUCCAGCCACAGGGGCUUGUCCAAACAGUAGCAGGGCAGGUCUCUUAGCAGGGCUUUUGAUUCCCUUGUGCAUUUUAAUUCUUGCCUUGUUGUUCUGCUGCUGCUGCUGUUGUGGGCGGCCUGUCGAAGGGAAGGAUGGAGUGGCGGUUGGAGAUGGCAGUCCUGCGGUUCGCAUGAAGCAUCAUGUUUAUACUGUGCUGGCCAACAUGGGUUCAGCAAUGCCGUGCAGUACUCUUUGGUCAUCUGGUUUGCCUAGGGUUACAGUCUCUCAUCAUGAUCCUGAGCUCACAUUUAACCACAGCUUCAUUGAGCAGCCAUCGUCCGGCUGGGUGAUUGAUUCAUUUGAAACUGAUGAUAAAGGAGAGGCCAUCUACUGUGAACCAACCAGGGAAGAUGUUCUUACUGUGGCUGGUGGAGAGCUUCAGGAGCUGAGCUCUAAGUGUAACUUCUUCCCUGACCCAUCAACCUUUAGCAGUGACGACAUGUCACAGGAUUUUGGUAUCCCUCGUACUUCCAGCAUCGCCAAAUCCAAACGCCCUUCAGUCUCUUUCGCAGAGGGCACAAAGUUCAGUUCUAAAGAGCACCGCAACUCGACUCAAGACCUGCCAGGAACAAGUCGGAGACCCAAGGCCUGGGGCGUGCUGAUGAUCUCUGCCCUGCAAGGAGGACAGGGAAACCACAGUGAAAAAGAAACAGAAAAAGGAGAGAAAAACAACGAGGAGACCAUGUCCUCUGAGGAGCAAGCAGCUGCAUCUGAAACAACACAAACUGACUCAGAAAGAGACAGUCCUGGCCUGAUAAGAACUCCGCUUACUAUGCCCAGGGGGAGACAACGUACACUUUCCAAUACCAGGAAGAAUGCCCAACCAUCUGAUAGCGGCCAGGAUUCAGAUUCAGAGAAGUUAACAACUUUAUAUGUAACUGUGGGUAAGACCAAACAGAUGGCUAAGCAAGAGCCCCCCUCAGAAGGGCCUGUUCAGCCCAGAGGAAGGGGGCAGGUGAUCGCCAAGCCACCGCGGAGGAAACUGGGAGCACAGGCCAGUGCGUGUGAGCAAACUACAGGGUCAAACCAGUCAGAGGUGGUCAUGAGGAAACCUAGCCGCAGGAAGCACACUUUCCUCAGCUCUCCCUGCACAGCGGGGGCAACAGACUUUCCUCAGGAGAACUGCACCCCCAACAGGCCAUUAUCCUUCAAUUUAAAAAGUGUUCCAGAGAGUGAUACACUCCAUAGUUUGAAAGACAUCCUGACAGAGCACGCUUACGAGACUGUGGCUCUGUCUGAUUCGGUCUCCACAUCUUCAGAGAUUAUUAUUAAUGAGAUUGUUGUGGACCAAGCAGAAAAUGAGCAAAAUUAUGAGAAUGUUUAUGUAAAGCAUUCAUAAUAUUCCUGAAUCUUAAAGUUUAUGAUUUAAAGGGCAAUAGGUUUUGUUUUUAGUACUGUAUGUAGGUUUUGUAUAAACUGCAUAAACAUAUAUUAUCUACAUAGAAAGCGUUUUUGUAUAUUCCCUAUAAUAGUUUAUAUUAAAAUGUUACUUGACUUUUUUUUUUUUUUUUUUUUUACAUUUUAAAGUAUUUUAUCAAUAUGUUUCCCUCAUAACUAAGUAACUGAUUUAAAAGUUUAGGGUCAGUAAGAUUUAAUUCUUCUAUUUUAAAUUAAUACUAUUAUUCAGCAAGGAUGCACUAAUUUAAGCAAAUGGUUUAUUAAUUUUUUUUUAUAAAUGCUGUUCUUUUGAACUAUUGAUCAAGAAUCCUGAAAAAUAUAUCAAGGUUUCGACAGAAAUAUUAAGUAAUACAACUGUCUUCGAUAUGGAUAAUAAUAAGAAAUAUUUCUUAAGCAGCAAUUCGGGAUAUUAGAAUGAUUUCUGAAGGAUCAUGUGACACUGAAGACUGGAGUAACGAUGCUGAAAAUGAAGCUUUACCAUAACAUGCCUAAAUCAUAUUUUAAAAUAUAUUAAAAAAGAAAAAGUUAUUAUAAUUUGUAAUAUUUUACAGUUUUUUACUUUAUUUGAUAAAGUAAAUGCAGAAUUAGUGAGACUGAGAGACAUAUUUUAAAAGCAUUCUUACCAACCUCAAACCUUUGAACAGUAGUGUAGAUCAAUCCUGAGAAAAGAUAUAAACCUUGCAGCACUUUUGCAUGAAAUCACUUCCAUAACAGUUUGAAAAAAAUAGAAUUGUCUUAAAGGGUUAGUAAUUACGUCUUGGUUUUUGACAUCUUUUUCUCUAUGCACGAUAAAUAAGGAUUAGUCCUUACAUGCAUCACUACAGCGAAGUUGUUCUUGCCAGCAUGACACUGUCUGAUAACUUAGUGUGAUGUAAAUUAAUUCAAUGCCUGAUAUUGGCAGUUAGCUCAGUGUUUUCUUUGGAAAAAGCAAGAAACCACAAUAAAUUGAAGAAUUAUGCCAAAACUGACUGGAAAUGUAAAUGGCAUUGGUUAUUUGCAGCAAAUGACAAGAAAAAAAUGACAAGAAACCCUUUCACUGUGUUAAAAAGGAUGUUAAUAUCCUUAAGAGGAUUUUCAAAGGUAUAACCUAAUAAAAUGAUGUAUAAAUUGCCAUAAUGACCCAUCAAAAAACAUUGCUGCAAGGAUUGCAAAACUGUUCCUCAUUAAAAGCUGUAGCAAAUUUCAUAGGCAACUUUAGACUUUUGUAAGCAUCAGUAAAAAAAUUGUAUUCCUCUCAUGCAAUUACUCUAUAAAAAUCAGAGUAUAAUUUUAUAAUAAUAAUAUUUAUUUGAGAUGUUUGAGACUGCAAAAUGCAUGGUGGCCAUUGAGAAUAAUUAAUCAACACAACAAUUAGGGAU